AUGACAUCCAAACUCUUUCCCGGAGAGCCAAACAAGGCCAUGGUGAUCCGGAAGGUCACUCCAGAGAUCACCACCUUCAGCGUCCCGUUCUCACGAUUCGGACUCUUUAAGUUUGGAGGUAGAGGAACAUUAGUGAAAUUGAGCACGGGAUCCCUCGCGAUCAUUUCCCCGGUGGCGUUGACCCCCGAAGUGCAAGAUAUAGUAGCCACAGAAGGUGGAAAAGUGAAGUAUAUCGUGGCGCCCGAUAUCGAGCAUCAUCUCCACGUCUCAAGCUGGAGGAACGCCUUCCCCGACGCCAGAAUCAUUGCGCCAGAGGGUCUGUACGAGAAACGCCAGAAGUCUUCCGAUUACACCGACAGUCCUUUCGAGCAUGUUUUGACGAGAGCGAAAAAGCAUACCGACAGAAUCUCGGAGGAGUUCCACGCCGAUUUCGAAGUCGAGUACAUGGACGGCCACGGCAACCGUGAAAUCGUGCUGUUGCAUAAACCAACUGGGACAUUAAUCGAAGCCGAUUUGCUCUUCAACAUGCCAGCGACUGAACAGUACUCGCGCUCAGAAGAGUCGGCUACUGCUGGGGUUCUGAAUAAAUUGUUUAUGCCGUUGCUCACAGCCACGGCGAAUCCCCCAACAUGGCAUCGCCGAUUAGCGUGGUAUGCUUUCUCAAAACCGGACCGGGACUCUUUCACGGAGUCGAUCAGGCGUAUCUACAUUUGGAAUUUUGAUCGAAUCAUCCCGUGUCAUGGGGAUGUGAUAGAGAAAGGGGGCAAAGAGGUUUUCGCUCGAGUUUUCGACUGGUUUUUGACUGGUAAACAGAAGAUCUGA